CUCGUCGAUGAACUCGUCCAAAAAUAAUGACGUCACAGGGAUUUUCCGAGUAGGUUUCUCAUAUAGAUGAGUCAUCCAGAAGCAAUGAACAUCAGUACCGAAUACGAUUUACUAUAAGCCCGCGUUGAUUGCUACCCAGUGGACUCAAACCGAGGGAUCUGAUACCAGAAGAACCACCCGUAAACAGCCGAGAGAGAGGAGAGGGAAGGGCUAAACGAUUUCGGCCACUUUUCAAGAUGGCGGCUCCUGAAAAGCCAAGUGGUAAUCAAGAAUUUCGGAAAAAGCUGCUGAUCAGAUUUGCACCAGAAAACAACCAGCCACAGCAGCCACAAGCACAGAUGCCAAUAUCACAGUUGGAUCGGUUAGGGUAUCGGACACAGAGGGAGCGAAUAGAUGUUAGAUCACACAUGUUGCAGACAACAGGAAAAUUGCAAAUAGGAGAGAAGACAUAUGAUUUUACCGCCGAUGAUUUAAAAGAAUUAGUUGAAAUAGGACGAGGAAACUAUGGUUAUGUCACAAAAAUGGUCCAUGAGGUUAGCAGUACUGUGAUGGCUGUCAAGCGGAUACGUUCAACAGUAGAUGAACGAGAACAGAAACAACUGUUGAUGGAUCUGGAAGUUGUCAUGCGGAGUAAUGACUGCCCGUUUAUUGUACAAUUUUACGGAGCCCUGUUUAAAGAGGGUGAUUGUUGGAUAUGUAUGGAAGUGAUGGACAUUUCCUUAGACAAAUUUUAUAAAUACAUUUACUGUGUUGUGUUCAGUUCAAUACCAGAGGACAUCUUAGGGAAAAUUACAGUUGCAACUGUAAAAGCUUUGAAUUAUUUAAAAGAAAAUUUGAAGAUUAUACAUAGAGAUGUAAAACCUUCCAACAUUAUGUUAGAUCGUAAAGGCAACAUCAAACUCUGUGAUUUUGGUAUUAGUGGACAGCUGGUGGACUCCAUAGCCAAGAGUCGAGAUGCUGGCUGUCGGCCAUACAUGGCACCAGAGAGAAUCGACCCCAGAGCCUCCAGUAAAGGUUACGACAUUCGCUCUGAUGUCUGGAGUCUAGGUAUCACAUUGAUGGAACUUGCCACUGGGAAGUUUCCGUACCCCAAGUGGAACAGUGUAUUUGACCAGCUCACACAGGUGGUACAAGGCCCCCCUCCCCAACUCAAGGGCACAGAGGGCAAAUUCUCGGAGGAUUUUGUAAAUUUCCUCAACACAUGUUUAACCAAGGAUGAAAAGGAGCGACCAAAAUACAACAAAUUAAUUGAGCAUCCUUUUAUAAAACGUUACGAAGAGUUAGAAGUUGAUGUAGCUAGUUAUGUCUGUAGUAUACAAGACCAAAUGAGGGAUAGCGCACAUGAAACAGAACAACAGUAUGCAUUGUCUUCCUCGUGAUAAUGGGCCAAGCCGUGGGACUCACAGACAAUUGGACUCACAGGGUGUGUACAGAUCUGAUGUACUGCCUAUGUAUACACUCAGUAAAACAGUCAGCAGUGUCCAACUACCCUUGUAUGGUAUCCAGUAGACGGGCGGAUUGUUAUCUAGCUGCGGCUGUGGUUGGACAGAUAGAAUUGGUGUGAUAAUGAUCUUGUGACAGUUGCCGUAAGAGAGAGAAUAGACUAUCACCUAUGCAGAUUUUUUACAAAAAAUUGCAGAAUAUUGGAAAGGCUGUUCCUUCACACACCAUGCAUGCCCUAUAAUGAUAAAUUUUCUAUCACAGGAGAAUCAGUUGAUUCACUGGCAAUGUACAUUCUUCAUCUUAGUUCUCGGUAAAAAAAAUACUAUUUAAAGAAUUAACUACGUAUAACUCAUGUCCUUUCUAUCAGUUCUCGGUACAAUACUGGCCGUUACUAUAUAUAACUCAUAUGUCCUUACUGUCAGUUCACGGUACAAUACUGGCCGUUACUAUAUAAAACUUUUAUGUCCUUACUGAUAGUUCUCAGUAAAAGACUGACCGUUACUAUAUAUAACUUUUAUGUCCUUACUGAUAGUUCUCAAUACAAGACUGAACGUUACUAUAUAUAACUUUUAUGUCCUUACUGAUAGUUCUCAAUACAAGACUGAACGUUACUAUAUAUAACUUUUAUGUCAUUACUGAUAAUUCUCCUUAUACAACUGACCGUUACCAUAUAUAACUUGUAUGUCCUUAUUGUCUGUUCUCAUUACAAGAUUGACUGUUACUAUAUACAUGUACUUGUAUAACUUUUAUGUCCUAACUGACCAUUCUCAGUUUAAGACUGACCAUUAGUAUAUAUAACUGAUGUCCUUACCUAUAGUCCAAGAGACUGACAUGCAGUUGUUACAUAAGGUGAAAUUUAAAGUGUGCAUGCUGUUUUUAGGUGUGACAAGUUGCUGGUAUGGAGGACAGCUUUUAUCAAGUCAACAUUUAAUUUCGUCAGAUGAAGAAUUUAAGAAAACAGGCACCCUGCUAAGUUUCAUAUAGAUGGUAAAGAAUCCCUGAUAACUACAGAAAUUUCCUAUAAAAAUCUUUGAUGCCACUAUCAAAGCAUUUCUAAUUAAAGGGAACAGCUUCCAGUUUGCUGAUUGCUGUGGUAAACAAAGCUGCAAUUGUUUAAUUAAGAGGAGUUUAUUAGUGAGAGAGAAGAAACAUGUUUACUUGUGAAUUUAACAUUAAGAGAGAUAAUUCAGCACGGCGAGUCUUAGAAAACGUUAUGUGUGCACGAAUUGUAAAUGCAGUAUUGUAGAUCUUUCAUCAUGACGCCAUUGUUGGCUCUACCUUCCAUACGAGCCUGUAUCCAGUGGACAUGUUGAUGGGGUUAUAUUGUGUUGUGUAUUGUUGCUAUGGAUACAUGUGUGUACAUGUGGUCAUGAGUGUGUGCUUGUGUGUUUGUUUUUUUUACACCGGUACUUUGGAGUUAAAUGAAUGACCUCCAUGGUUAAAGUACUCCGUGAUAUUCUUUGCUAUUCAUAGACAGCAAUAUGUGAACAGUUUCAAGGCCAUAUGGGGAAUUGUUGAAACUGUUAUAGAAUGCCUUGUGUUGUACAUGCAUAUAAUUUAUUGUAGUUUUCGUAAUUUGAUAUGGGACACUACAGGGAGGGCAGCUCACACCUGACCUAGUUUAACUUAAAGCACAACAGAACAUUUAUUAAGGCAUCCAAAUUUUUAAUGGAGAGGCAAUAAAUGUGUGAUUUUAAUAACACUAUUUUGUGUUAAUCUAAGGAAUGUUCUGGAAACAUUAAAAUUUUACAGCACUCAGAUAAUGGAGAAUUGACACACAAUCAGUACUUGUUGAAAACAACAUACAGAAAUGCAAUAAGUGCAAUUAAUUCAGCCAAUACUUACCACUAAAAUAAAUCUUUAGUAAAUAUUAGAAUUUGAGCUGAUUCAGUACUUGUGGUUACCUAUGCUCAGUUGGAAUUGACAUUUUGAAUAUGUCAAAUGAAGAAGGUACAUUCAGUAAGACUUGAGUUGUACAGUAUAAAUUCACAUUGAUUACCUUUAGCAUCAUUUUGUAUACCGGUAAUUAGAACAGGUUCAGCAAUAUUUACUUCACUUUGAUUGAUCUGACUGAAGGCUUAUCAUACUUUUAAUAUUACCACAUGGACAUACUUGAGUAAUAUCAUGAUAAAUAGUGAUUUGAAAGAAUUGACCUUAAAAGUCAAUAUAACAUCGUUUUUACAAAUGAUGAAAAGUGAUAAAAUUUGAGAUCAAUGCUGGAAAAAUGCUAGAAUUUAGGGUCAGUGCUGAAAAAGUUUAGGGAUUUGCUCUUAAGUCCUUGAAAAGUACUGGAAUCAUACCUGAUGUAAAAAUUCAGUUCUUUUCAGAUUCCUUAAAAUGAAAUAUUCAUCACAAAUAAUUUAUUUCCACAUACUGGGACACAAUUCAGUAUUUGGUAAUGAUAGUAAUAAAAUCAUAAUGCUAAUGUUCUUUUGUUAUUUCAAUCAUGUGCAAGACAAAAAUGAACCCCAAUUUCCUGCAAGUUUGAACGAAAAUAUUCACCUGGAGAAUUGAGAAAAAUUGAUGGAAAGAAGCUUGAAACUGCUUGAAUUUUGGUAUGAAAAAUCUAUGAAUCGUGUAUAAACGAGAUGUAUUUUUCAUUAUUAUGUACAAUGGAUAAGUAUUGUGUGAUGCAAUAUAAGACAGUUAAAACUUUACAAGUUGUAUAAUAAGAAGAUUAUGAAGACUGCUAAAAUGGACAUUUCUUUUCUGUUGUUUCUUAUUUGAAACACUGAAUAUUUGAAAACAUGUAGCAUUUCCUGAAAACAUAUUAAUGUAUUACCGUUGCAUUAAAGAAAUGUGACAAAUGAAAACGGUAUGAAAGGAUAUAUGUAUUUUUCUUACAAAAAAUAUUUAGAACAUAUGUUUGCAUCACAUAAGAUAAUUGCAAAAUAAUAAAAUAUAUAAACUAACGAGAGCUCUUUUUGUCAGAUGAAAUUAAAAAUUUAUCGACUCACAAUAUUAUCACCAUAGAAAUACAUCACAAGAGAUUGCUAUGCAACAAAAUGAAUAUGAAUAUGCUCGCAGUUGAAAAUAAAAAGAAUGUUUUCAGAUACAGCUGCUGUAAUACAAAAUUGUAUUGAAACAGUGGGGCUACUCUCUAUAUUGAUUUGAUGUUAAAGGUAAUAUACAUACUGAUUUAAAACUAAAGCUUUCCUCUGAGAGAUAGCUAAUUAGGUUUUUACCAAAUUUGUGCAUAUGUUAUAUGCGAGAAUAUGAUCUGUAAUAUCUUGAAAAGUUUUAACAUUAUCAGUAUAUAUGCUGUAUCAUUUAAAUAAAAGUUUCCAUUUAUUCUUUCUCAAAUUGACAUGUUUCUACACUGGAAUGGUGUUUUAUUCCAAUAACCUGUUUUGGAGAUAUUGUGCAGUGAUCUGUUGAGCAAGUUUAGACAUCUUCCUUGUAAUAUUGAGCAGGGAUCUGCCAUGUGGUGAACAGAUGUGGUUUGAAUGAAUGUACACAGAGCUGAUACCAAUACAUCAAGAUUUUUUUUUCAAAUAGUGGAUUUCUUUUUUGAGCAUUUGUUGACAUAUGUUCUGUUAAUGCUGUGGGUAUCAGCAUUAAGCAGGUGCCUGUGAGUUGACACAUUGUAUCGCCCUUUUAGCGGCCAGGGUCAUUUGAGGCGGGAUCACUUUGUAGUAGCUCUAGGCUACCUCACUGAACAACAUACAGGAGGCCUGUUGCAUGCCAUCCAGAGAUAUUAGGGUAAAGUAUCUUGCUCAAAGAGUCGACCACCACGUCACAGACUGGUUUGUUUCUCAGCUUCCCAUUGAGGGUGUUGAAUUACACCUUGGAUCUUCACCUGAGGUUAUGUAGGUCGACACCUCAUGAGCUAUCACAAAACUACACUUUCAGACUGAUCUGAUAUUUAACGAAGAUGGCAUAUUGACAUUUAAAAAUUAACAUGUUAUGCCUUUCAAAAUGUUGUAUAAGAUGCAUGCAGUGUGUGAGAUUGAAGACGUGUUCGGAUGCAAAUUGAUUUAUCAUAUGUGGCUGCAUUAGAUGGAAGUUUUUUAAUGCUGAAAAACCAUUUGAAAUGUAUUAUGCCAAUUUAGUACAGUACAUGUACAAUAUAUGUAUGCAAUUUUUUUAUCAUAUAACUAUAUAAUCCAUGACACAGCAAGACAGAUUUUUUCAACACUUUCUUCAAUCACCUCUGUCUGGAAGUUUUCAUAUAGAAAACAAUAUCUUUUGCACUUAUUGGAACACAAAUUUUGCAUACUGGUCCUUUAAGUUAGCCUGUAUGCUAAUUAAAUCAAAUGAAACUUAGCAAGGAAGAUUGAUGUUUAAACAAUAAAAAAAUUAAAAGUUAUAUAUGACCGGAGGCGGCUUUUGUUUGUCAUGGUCCAAACAGUUAAUAUAUGACAAGGACAGAUCUAGUGGUGUACCCUGUAUUAAUUAUAUAAAGAUUUUUUUCCUGAAACGUUACAUUAAAAAAGAUUAACGAACUGAAUUUUCCGCAUGUCACCUGUUAUUUAGAGCUGUCUUGCUGUGUGUCAAGUGUCAUGGCCAUGUUUAUUCUCCUUACAGGACAUCUUCCUUGGUUUUACUAUCUUAAUCAUACAAGCCAAGUCUCACAAAUAUAUACUGAUAGAUUUCUUUGAUAAUCACCUUUAACAUCAUCAGUCCAGGCAUAUAGAUUUUUCACAAGUUUUGUCAGAAUUCUGUUACAAUGAAAUUUUGAAGGUAUUUUCUAGCUACAUAGUGCUGGGAUUUGUCACUAUGUUAACUCUUUCUUCUCCAUAUAAUGUUAUCUAGCUACAAAGUGCUUUACCUAAUUACAUUGUUAAUGAUUUAUUUGUGCAAAGAAACAUGAUGGUUGAUUGUUAAUACAAAAUUAAAUGAAAUUCAGAAAAAAAGAAA